CAUAACCUGUAGGAAAAUACCAGAAUGGAGUUGCCCAAACCUAUUAUUGAACCCAAACUCUAGCCACACCUUUCCAAGCAAUGCAGAUGAAUAUGGAAAAGGAGCCACGGCAGCCAUCGACACUGCCUAGAUACAGACGGUAGCACUUGAUACCCCAUGGGGUCGACAAAGGAGGCGGUGCAUUCAACAUCAAGCAACCUUUUUUGAGUAUGGAGUUACUCCUGAGGCAGGAGCGGAAAAUGCCGGAUCUGGUUAUACCUUGGCAAGGUCCCUAAACCGCAAGGAAAUGGCCAUAUGCUUCCUCUUGAUGAUCUGCUUUAUUUGGAUGCCAUUUUUCACUUCAGCUGCCUUACUAGCACCUCCCCAGAAUAUUACUAUUCUGUCCACCAAUAUGAAGCACUUUCUGAUUUGGAGUCCAGUUGCGGAGAUUGCGCCUGGCGAGGUUGUAAAAUACUCAGUCGAAUUUCAAGGAGAAUAUGAGAGAGACUAUGCCAAUGACAGCUGGAUUCCCAUUGCAGAAUGCACAGAUGUUAGCGUUACUCAGUGUGAUAUCACAGAAGACAUAUCGGCUACUGUGCCGUAUAAUCUACGUGUUAGAGCAUCUAUGGGGACAGAGGCCUCCCUCUGGGCCACACUCAAUGGCUUCUUCAAUCGUGUCACAACAUCCCUCAUUCCGCCAAUGCUGACUGUUACCACUGAUGGAUAUCACUUGCUAGCAGAACUAGAACACCUGGGGCCUGCCUUUGACUUCUGGAUAUUUUACUGGAAGAAGGGCCCAGAACCUGCCGUUUACCGCAAAGUGGUGAGAGAAAGCACCACCACUGUGCAUCUGGAAACAAUGGAGGCUGGAGCUGAAUAUUGUGUUAAAGCUCAGACCUACGUGGAAGCUAUCAACAGGAGCAGCAAUUUCAGCGAGGUGCAGUGUGUGAAAUCAGAAGAUGCCAAAGCCAUACUGUUGACCUUUGCCCCACUCUUCCUGGUUACUUUUUUUGUGGCUGUUUUGGUCCUUCCUUUUCUUGCUUGGAAAACCUGUCGGAUCUGCCAGUAUUCCUUCUGUCCAGAUGAGGUCCUUCCAGAUACUUUGAAGCUAACAGCAUCACCUGUUAAGAUACUAAAGGACAGGGGAGAAGAUAUGGAGAAAUGUGAUGAAUCAGUGCAAGUGUUGCCUUCCGAAGAGGUUUUGCUUCAUUUUUGGAUCCAUGAAACUCUUUAAUAUCACCCUGAAGACACUAAUUGCAAACCGAGAUUAGCAGUCUUGCUCUCCUUCUUGACCCCUCUUCACACAAUUUCUGCUGAGAAGGACAGAUUGCACAAAGAUGGGAACCAAAAUAUAUUUGGUAUCAGGAACAGGUUGCAGCAGCCUGGAUUUCUUCAUCCUUACUUGACAGAGAAGUGUAGACAGGUUGCGUGGUGAAAGCAGACCAUCUUCACAACUACUUACUGAAUUACUGUCUAUUUGGGAUGUAAGGCCCUUGAGCUGAUUCCAUUUCUCUGUUGUUGUUUUUGGUUCUUUAGAAGGCUUAAUAUUGGAAAGAGGCACAAGUCAAUUUUACAGAUCAUGCUUGCAAGCAAGGAAAAACAGAGAAAUGGUGGGAAGCAUUUUGUCUUAGCAGUACAGUAUACUCUUCUGUAAGAAAGCAAAUGCAUGAAGUGGAUCUUUUGGUAAUUAUUUAUUACAAUCCUUGUGGGCUUUAGCCACAGGUCCUCAAGUAUUCAGAAAGCAAUGGUGAUCUAGAUGCUACUAUAUUUCCACUACUACAGAGAGGCCAUCAAUGAGAGCCUGAAACUCAGAAAUUUGGGUUGAGAUUUAGUGGACCAUUCAAUCAAUUGUUCAAAGAAAGGUUCAAUCAUAAUCAUUCCUAGGCAUUAUGACCUACUGGAAAGAUUCAUUGUGAUACUGUCAUUCCACAUAUAGCUGCAAAUCAGCUCAUCUAGAUAAGGUCCUCUUUUUCAUGUAUGAGUUCUAAAAUC